AUGUGUAUAUAUGAAGAUCAGAUAGGAAAAUUCGAUUGGCGUCAAACUUACGUUGGACGAAUAAAAUUUUCUCAGUUCGAUACAGUUUCUACUGCUAAGAAACUUAUAGUAGCUACUGAAGAGAAUGUUCUAGCUGCACUGCAUUUAAAAACUGGCCAAAUAGUUUGGCGACAUGUAUUUGAAAGCGCCUCCAGUGGAAAUAUACAACUGUUGCAUGUCAGUGAUAAGGUAGUCACUGUGACAGGAUCUAACCCAUACCUUGUGAGAGGAUGGGAUUCAAGUACAGGUGUUCUUAUUUGGGAGUGGUCACUGACACUCCAAGACAAUGACCAUGCUGAAUUUUCUGAGUGGUGGGUGCAACAUGGUUUGCUGGUCCACAUGUUACCAAUAUUCAACUCGCACAUAGAGGUGACCAUGUAUAACUUGAUGUCUGGCCAAAAUAGAGGUGCAACAUCGAAGCUACCUGCUCCGUGGGUUAAUGAAGGUUGUGUAUUAACUCCACCAUAUUACACUUGUGUAUCUGGCAACAUGGGUGAGCAACGUUUAUUGACGGUUGAUGUGACAUCAAAUGCAGUACAGAUAAUUAACAAACCGUUGUUCGACUACAUAAGCUUAGAUGUGUUUGAUGGAAAUAUGAGGCCAUUGGACGCAAACAGUGCUUUACCAGGAUUCAUCAUUGAUGAGAAAAAAGUUUUGCUGAUCAAGAAUAAUGAUUUUGAACAGCUUAACAUUGACAUUGUGGGUGCAUCAGUGAGUGCGACCAUAAUUGAAGGACCAAGUGAACAGAUAUUGUUGCAAGCUUGGGAUGAUAAAACAAUGGGUUUCUCCCUAAUAGCCCAUAGUGUGAGUACUGGCAAGGAAGUGCCUGAGAUCAAGUGCUCUGACCGUGAUCAUCGAAUACCCGAUCCUGAACUAGCUGCAGUCAUGUGUACAAAGACGGCCAGAGAACAGCAUGCCUGUAGGAUUCUUAUUAAUGGCGCUGAUGAUGCUAUUCAUUUUGUACAACAAGCAGGUCGAGUGCUCUGGACCCGUGAAGAAUCUCUUGCCAAUGUUGUGGCUGUGGAAUUUGUAGACCUACCGGUUUCCGAAACUGAUGCAGCUAUCGAGUCAGAGUUCGACCAGAAAGAAGCUGCCAAGAUGUACAGUUCCAUCUGGGCCGCGUUCACCAGGCGGCUGCAGAGCCAGUUCCAGCAGCUGCAGACGCUGCUGCACGGCCUGCAGCACGCAGACCGCGCGGUCGCCAGCUCGAAUACCAAUGACCUGGUGCGAGACUAUUUCAACCUGCACAAGGUCAUCGUGCUGGUGACUGAAGUCGGCAAGAUCAUCGGCAUGGACAACCUAUCGGGUGAGGUGUUGUGGCGUCGCUACGAGCCUUCGCUGUCCACGGCCUCGCUGGCGGUCUUCACCCGCCGCACGGCGCGGCACCCGCCGCUGGACGCCUACCUCACCAUCGUGGGCACGCACGAGGAGACGGGCAACGGGCUGAUAAUCAGCCUGAACCCGAUAAGCGGCGAGCUGGUGGGCGAGCGCUCGCUGCAGCUGGACGGCAGGCUGCUGCAGUGCGCGAUGCUGCACCGCGCCGACGAGGAGAAGCUGCACGGGCUCGUCGUGCUCUACGAGGACGAGACGAUACAGGUGUUCCCGGUGUCGUCGGCGCCUCUAGUGGAGGACAUGUAUAUGUACGUAGCAGAGCCGGAAACUGCGUAUGUUCGAGGCUACGCGCUGCGCUACGACGGCAAGGAGGCGCGCGCGCAGGCGAUCUGGUCGCUGCGCCUGGGCGGGGCGGGCCCUGGCUCGCCGGGCCACCGCAUCGUGCACGCGGCGGCGCGCGCCCGCCUCGAGCGCACCCACUCGCCGGGCCGCGCGCUCGCCGACCGCAGCGUCCUCUACAAGUACAACAACCCCAACCUGGUGCUCUUCCUCACCGAGGGGCCCGAUCCCGUGCACAAAGAGGUGGUGCGCGCCGUGGCGGUGGACGUGGCGUCGGGCGCGGUGGCGGCGGCGGGCUCGCACCGGCGCGCGCGCGCCGCGCCCCACCACCAGGCGGUGCACGCCGACCACUGCCUCGCCUACCUCUACCGCAGCGAGAAGCACCGCCGCUUCGAGAUCGCGUCGAUGGAGCUGUACGAGGGCAAGGAGCGCUGGCUGCCCGCCGGCGCGGCGUUCAGCUCGUUCGCGUCGGAGCGCGCGCCCGCCGUCGAGCGGCAGGCGUACAUCGUGCCGGCCGCCGUCACCGCCGCCGCCGUCACCGUCACCGAGCGCUCGCUCACCGACCGCCAUGUGCUCUUGGCGCUGUCGACGGGCGCGGUGGUGGAGGUGCCGUGGGCGUUCCUCGACCCCCGCCGGCCGCUGGCGCCCACGGCGGAGCAGCGCGAGGAGGGGCUGCUGCCGUACGCGCCCGAGCUGCCGCUGCCCGCCGACGCGGUGCUCAACUACAACCGCACGCUGCACCGGGUGCGCGCGCUGCACACGCACCCCGCCGGCAUCGAGUCCACCAGCCUCGUGCUCGCCACCGGCCUCGACCUGUUCUACACGCGCGUCGCGCCGUCCAAGACCUUCGACCUGCUGAAGGACGAUUUCGACUACCACCUGAUCAGCAUCGUGCUGGUGGCCCUCGUGGUGGCCUCCUACGGCACCAAGCACUUCGCCUCGCGCAAAAUGCUCAAGAUGGCGUGGAAG